AUGGAUGAAGAUCCCAGUUACUCCUCACUGGUCUUCAAAAACACGACUGUAACUCAAAAAGAACAAGAUGACCAGACUAUUUAUUCUGAAGUAAAAUCAAAGAAGCCCGUGACUACAGCACCAAUUGGGGAAAAAGAGCAGAAAAUAGUUUCUAAAGUCCAACUGAAAGCAUCUGGGUUCACUGCACCAGAAGCUGAAACAGCAGCUAAACGUCCAACUCGUGUGUUGUUGGUGUGUUUGGGGACGCUUUGUGUCCUUCUGAUGGUGGCCGUCGUCGUCCUGUUGAUCCAAAUCACAAAGGUGAUGGAGAGUCACGGAGCAACAAUCGAAGAGCUCAGAGCCAAAAUUCAGAAUCGGACUGAUGAAAACAAAGUCCUGAUGAAUGAGAGGCAACAACUGAUGGAAGCUCAGAGAAAUCUGGCAAACCAAACUGAGGAGCUGAGCAAAGAAAGAAACCACCUCAACAGGAGCCUGGAAGUCAUCCUGACCUUUGACUUGUUUCCAGUAAACACAUUUUGUCCCAACAAAAAGUGUCUGCUAUGUCGGGCAGGAUGGAUUCUGUUUCAAGAAAUGUGCUACUUGUUUUAUGAAGAGACUUCCCCUUGGAAGACCUGGAACCAAAGUAGACAGUUUUGUAAGACCAAUGCAGCAGAUCUGGUUGUUAUUAACAAUCUGCAGGAACAGAUAUUUCUCAGUAAUCACACUAAAUACUACUUUGGUCCAUGGCAAGGAUACUGGAUGGGAUUACGCAAAAUUAGCCAAACCUGGAUGUGGGUGGAUGGACAUAAUGACACUCUCAGGUUCUGGAUGAAUCUGACCAGUGAUCAGGACUAUGCUCUUCUGAUGCCUGACAAACCCCCCGCACAGAGCUGGAGGCCUGAAAACAUAACAAGUGAAAAAAAAUUCAUCUGUAAGCAUGAAACCUUGAUUUGGCCCAUUUAG